AUGUUCGGAAACCGACGUCGAGACUCUACCAAGAGUUUCUCCAAGAGUUACAAGGUGAACAAAUCGAGUUCAUCCUUUAGUAAAGAGAGCGGCGUUUCCAAGCGGAGGCAUGAAUCUCGUCACCGGAGGCCGGGAACUGCCUCGACUGCUACGACUAAUGAACCUGAUACCCCCAUCACGAACCAUCUUUCUUCUCCGGUAGUUACCCUCGUUGUCGGUGCCGAGCAGAGGCUUUUUGCCGCUCACGAAGAAGUCCUCUGCCUUUCUCCUUUCUUCCAAACUGCCCUCCACCGAAACGUCGCCGACGGAAACACGAAGCGGAUUGCACUUCCCGACGAAGAACCUGAAAUAUUUUCGUCGGUGCUGGAAUUUCUUUACAAGGGCGAUUAUUAUCCUCGCCUUGUUCACAGCAAGAGGCGCAACUCGUGGGAGCUGGAACCUCCCAACGACGAUAACCGUGGUGUUGAGCCGACCAUCUUUCAUCACAGCGUUGAUGGAGAUCUUCUCAAGGACACCGUGAUUUAUUGCUCUGCUGAAAAGUAUGGUCUGGAGGAGCUUAAGCGUAUUGCUCUGAAGAAGCAGGGUCUUCAAUCUGGGAUCCAGUGUAGUACGAUUCUCACGUCGGCCCGAUACGCCUAUGCCAACACUCCCGACAGCGACUCCAAGUUGCGUGCUCAUUACUUGGCUCUUAUAAUCCGGAGCCGCAGUACUUUCAAGCGAAGUGGUACGAUGCAGCUCGAAAUGUGGAACGGUGGAACUCCUCUCUUCUUUGAUCUCUUCGUUGCCUUAUGCAACCACGUCGAUGAUAUUUCGGCAGCCGCAAACACUCCUCGCAGCAGCCGACACUCUUAA